AUGAGUCGAUCGGUGUUGGAGUUUCAACUCCGUCUCUUUGAUGAAUACGUUCAACAACAAGAAGAAGAUUUCAACAACAAGAAUACCACCACUACGACAUAUCAUGAUCCUAUCACACCUAUCGGAGAUGAAUCCAAUUCAGAAAAGCAAACAAAAAAGAAUGAUUCAUCACACAUCUCCAAGAAACAAAUCCGUAAAAAGAGAGAUGAAAAAAAACAUGCCAAAGAAUCUCUUUCUGACAAGGUGAAAAAAGAUGCUUCAAAGAAAUUGAAUAUUUAUAAAGAAAAUGUUAAAAUCAUGAAAAGAAAGAGAAAACAAUUAUUGGCAAACAAACAAUCACAAUUAUUGGAAUUGCUGACAAAGAAAUAA